AAAAUUGAACUUUUUGAUAUAUUUGCAAUAUAAAGACUUGGAUGGAAUGCCGACGGUUCAGCCAUUUGUAACCGUUGUACGCGCUGGACGCUUGAGUUACGCAGCUGGGCUAAAGUUGCAGCAGGAGCUGGCAAAACAAAAUGUGCAACAGUCCAGCGAUUUUCGUAACUAUCUGCUGCUCUUGGAGCAUGAUCCCGUCUACACAAUUGGCAUACGCACCAAAGGCUACACAGCACAGGACGAGGAUCGAUUACGCAAGCUGGGCGCCGAUUUCCAUCGCACAGAUCGUGGCGGCCUCAUUACAUUUCAUGGCCCAGGCCAAUUGGUUGCCUAUCCUAUCAUAAAUCUGCGCCAAUUCAAGCCGAGCAUCCGCUGGUAUGUUACCACACUUGAGCGCACAGUGAUCGAAACAUGCCGCCAAAUGGGCAUACCAAAUGCAAGCACUACGCAGGACACGGGCAUAUGGGUGGGUGAUCGUAAGAUUUGUGCCAUUGGUGUACAUGGUUCUCGUUACGUCACAACGCAUGGCAUCGGUUUGAAUUGCUCGACGGAUUUGAAAUGGUUUGAGCACAUCGUACCCUGUGGCAUCGAGGGCAAGGGCGUGACCUCUCUCAGCGAACAGCUGCAACGGCACAUCAGCCUGUCUGAGGCAACUGCUGUGUUGCUUGACAGCUUUUCCAAGACUUUCGAGUGUCUUGUGCAGGAGCAAUCAAAGGCACGAGUACAAAACUAAGAAUAUUACAGUAUAUACAAAUAUAAGUAAAUUAUUUAGUCAAAACGA